UCUGCACCUGCUUUCACACCUUGACAACUUUCCUUCCCAGGAGGACCCCGUUCUGGAGCGUUACUUUAAGGGCCACAAAGCUGCGAUCACCUCCUUGGACUUUAGUCCCAACGGCAAACACCUGGCUACUGCUUCUUGGGAUACAUUUCUCAUGCUAUGGAAUUUCAAGCCACAAGCUAGAGCUUUCAGAUACGUGGGUCACAAGGACGUUGUAACCAGCGUGCAGUUUUCUCCACUUGGAAACUUACUGGCGUCUGCUUCACGAGACAGAACGGUUAGACUCUGGAUUCCUGAUAAGAGAGGGAAGUCCUCUGAAUUUAAAGCUCAUACAGCUCCAGUUCGAAGUGUGGACUUUUCUGCUGAUGGGCAAUAUCUAGCUACGGCUUCUGAAGACAAAUCCAUCAAAGUAUGGAACAUGUAUCGCCAGCGCUUCUUAUAUUCCUUGUGCCGACAUACACACUGGGUGCGCUGUGCCAAAUUUUCACCCGAUGGAAGACUAAUUGUAUCAUGUAGUGAGGAUAAAACUAUAAAAAUUUGGGAUACUACAAGUAAGCAGUGUGUCAGUAAUUUCUCAGAUUCUGUAGGGUUUGCAAAUUUUGUGGACUUUAGCCCUAAUGGUACAUGCAUAGCUUCAGCAGGUUCUGAUCAUACUGUGAAAAUCUGGGAUAUACGAUUAAACAAAUUACUCCAGCAUUAUCAAGUUCACAGUGGCGGAGUUAAUUGUGUAUCAUUCCAUCCUUCGGGUAACUAUCUCAUCACAGCUUCUUCAGAUGGUACACUUAAGAUUUUGGAUCUACUAGAAGGAAGGCUCAUAUAUACACUUCAAGGACAUUCGGGACCUGUCUUUACUGUUUCAUUUUCAAAAGGUGGAGAGCUAUUUUCAUCAGGAGGCGCAGAUAUGCAGAUUUUAUUAUGGAGGACUAAUUUUGAUGAACUGAAUUCUAAAGAUGUUCUUAAAAGAAAUCUCAAAAGAUUACAUUUUGAUUCACCACCACAUCUUUUGGACAUCUAUCCAAGAACACCACAUUGCCAUGAAGGGAAAAUCGAGACUGUUGAAAUUAAUCCAAAGCUUGAGGUAACUGACUUGCGGACCUCUACUCCCCCUGUUGUGGACAUCCUUUCUUUUGGUUCUACCACCACAACGGACACUGUUGUUAGGACUCUACCAGACAAGGAUGAAGAGCUCUGCAAGUAUUUCUUGAAUCCUUCUUUAAUGUCAACAGAAUACCCACGAACAACCUUGAAAAAGAAAUCAGAAGACAUGAGCGACCUCCCUUCUGAGAGUCAAAGAAGCAUACCACUCGCUGUGACUGAAGCUUUAGAGCAUAUUAUGGAACAGCUCAAUGUUUUGACACAGACUGUUUCAAUCUUGGAGCAGCGAUUGACUUUGACAGAGGAUAAACUGAAAGACUGCCUUGAAAAUCAGCAAAGGCUUUGCAACGCCAUGCAACACAAAAUGUAAAUAAAAAAGUGUGAGCAGAGGCACGUUGAAUGAGCGCAUGUGUACAUACUCAGGAAGGCAGUGCAGGAGUCUCCAUGGGACACAACCAUGCGCUAAUCAUCAUGGCAUUUCUUACAAGAGUGAGCAACAGAAGAAAAGGCAUAAUAAAUGAUGAACUUAAAUUCACAAAUCAAUGUCAAGGACUGUUUCAAAUCAUUACCGUUUAUGGUUGCAGUAAUAAAGUGAUACGCAUUCAAGUGGCUCUGUAUUUUCCCCAUAUUAUUCUAAAUGUCCAUUUUCAUUUGUAGUCUAAACUCCACCAGAAAAGUAACCAAAUCUUUGGGUUGCAUUGUUAAAUCAUUUCAGAUUAACCAUGUUCAUGCAAUUCCUUAAAGCAAUUAAUGUAUUUUUUUAGUGAGCACUAUUAGGGUGAAAUAACUCACCUCUAAAAUAGCAUCCUAUAUGUUCAAAGAAAACAUUUAUCCUUUCUUACCAAUACCUUGAAAAGAUGACUGUAUAAAUAUUUCCAAAAUACAGAAUUUCCACAGCAAGAGUACACUUAUUUUAAUUAGCAACAGUACAUGUAUGACAUAGGUCAGUGGGCUUUUAUUUAAUGUAUGUUUUAUAUUGUUUAUCUUUGACCAACCUGAAAGAAAAUGAAGUUAAAAAUAUGUGGUGAAGCACACAUCUUUCUUUCAUAGCUGAAUGCAGUGAAUGAUUUGAGUUGUAUUUUAACUUGUAAUCCCAGUUUACAAAGAUUAUGUUACUGUGAUUUCAUUCAGCUCAAAAGCCAGAAUGAUGCAGCAGCAAUACUUACAGAUACACACCAUGUAUGUUCACAUGCUUCAGAAAUGUUGCUUAGUAUGAUUUUGUCAGCUGAAUAAUAGGUACUUUAAAAAAUACAUUCACAUCAUCACAGUUAAAUGAAUUGUGAUUUGAAACUAAAUGAAAAUGAGCCAGGUGUGCUAAAAGAUCUUUGUUACAAGUUAAGAAUUUUGUUUUAGCUUAAGCUAAAUAAGAGAUUAAAUUGGAAAAAAAAGCAACAUGAAUUUUAGCUUGCUUUUCUGUUAACCUAUAUCAAGGACAAAGAAGGUGUGAGAAGAUGGUCUGUAGGCAACAUGGGGAAAACGCUAUGUAUGUGUUGGAAAACAAGAAAAAAUGAAGUCCUAUUUAUGUAGGAGUCUGUCUAUAUGUAGAAAUUUUUCUCAAAGCAACUUCAGUUGUAUCAGUGAGGUGGUUUUUUAUUAUCUCAUGUUUUAAGUGCCUUUUUAUAUCAUAUAUAAACUUCUAGACAUUUUCAAGAGUCUAUAGACUAAGUGGCAAGUAUUUUUAUAAGCUCAUUGAGAAGACUAAGAAAUGAAAUGUCAUACUGGCUUUGUUCACUCUUUUUUAUGCUUCAAACAAUAAAGACAUUUUACCCAUAAAAAA